UCUGGCAACACACGUAUAAAGGGUGGCGUCCCGAUGCCUCGAUCGUCAUAUCCCGCGUAGACGUCGAACUUCGCGACGCCCGGCGUCCACAGUCAAGCCUCGAACUCCUUCGGCUACGUGUCGGGUGAAAACGGAAAGGGAGAAGUACUGGACGGUUAAUCGACUCCCGCAGGAGCCACUUUACUCUUCCGACGCUUUUCCAGCAACAGUGCGAUAUAAGAAGAGAAACAUGGAUACAAGAACGAGUUUAAUAACCACGAGCGUGGCUGUUCUGUACGUGGUGGGAAUGGUCGGAAUGUCGGUCGCCGCGGUCGAAGAAACCCCUUCUUCUUCAAUGAACGUACAACCCUAUAAUACAAUGUUGAAUUCAGUGGGUUUCGACGAUCCAAUUCCUGACAAAAGAGCGUACACUUACGUCUCUGAGUACAAAAGGCUACCAGUUUAUAACUUCGGUAUUGGAAAACGGUGGGCUGAUAACAGCGACGAUAAAAGAGGUCGUCCCUACUCCUUCGGCUUAGGAAAACGUCUAAAACAAUACAGUUUCGGUCUGGGAAAGCGAAGCGACAACACCGACUACCCUAUCCGACUAAAUCUCGACUACCUCCCCGUCGACGGCUUAACCUUGCACUCCCAAGAAAACGUAGACGAUUUCCUCGAAGAGAAACGCAACAGGCAGCCGUACAGCUUCGGUCUGGGUAAAAGAGGGGUGCACUACGCGUCUGGACAAUCGGUGGCCACCGGAAAACGACCGAACGACGUUUUCAGCCAGAGAUACCACUUCGGUUUGGGGAAAAGGAUGUCGGAGGACGAGGAGGACAUGCAAUAGGACCUCUAGGUCCGAAUACCUCGGUCGAUCGAACUCGAUCUUGUAAACGCUCGGAAAAGUAGCUCUCCAUCUCGAUGUCGCACAGAGUUUUAUUGUCAGAUAAAAGUAUAUCGAUAACAAUAAAGAACAAGUUUUGAAGUUUCCUCCUUCCUGAAUUCUUCUUUCUUUUUUUGUUGUUCUUGCGAUUUUUUUUUGUUUUGCCUCUGCGGUUUUUUGGGGACCUUUGUGAGAUCUACUGUGGUUUUGUGGAGGGUGAGAAGUUUGGAGUUUUUGGAUGGUGAGAAGUUUUAAGGUUUUCUUUUGGGGGAAAAUUCUUGAGGGGGUUUGAAUUUCUUCGAGGGUGGGAUUUGAUGGAUUUUGUGUGGUUUCUUUGUUUUUUGAAGGAAGGCUGCGGAAUUUAAUUACAAGGCUGGGAAUUAAGCUUAUGUUUUCUUCUUUUAGGUUAUGAAGGUUUCUUUGUCUUCCUUUUUCACAGCUUUUGCUCUUUUAUUAGGAAUUUGAAGAAAUUUCUUUUGGGGUCUGAUAGAUCUAUUUUGUAGAGAAAUUUCUUCAGUUUCUAAAUGAUAUUGCAAGGCUGGGAAUUUGGGAAUUAAAUUUAAAUGUGUUUUCUUCUUUUAGGUUAUGAAGAUUUCUUUGCCUUCCUUUUUCACAGCUUUUGCUCUUUUAUUAGGAAUUUGAAGAAAUUUCUUUCGGGGUCUGAUAAAUCUAUUUUGUAGCGAAGUUUCUUCAGUUUCAGUUUCAAUUGCAAGGCUGGGAAUUUGGGAAUUAAAUUUAAAUGUGUUUUGUUCUUUUAGGUUAUGAAGAUUUCUUUGUCUUCCUUUUUCGCAGC